AUGCGCGGCUCAUGUGGGCCAAAGGAAAUGUUUGGGAAACCUCUCCCCUGUCCUUAUGACGGUCCACCAUCCGAGGUGCGUUUCACUUACCUUCUGGACGACGUCGAUCGUGAACUACUUACGUCUCUCUGCGGCGCGGACUACGCGGAAGGACCCACAUGUUGUACGACCAACCAGCUCGAGACUCUCCGCGACAAUCUUGUUCUGGCUGAGAACAUCAUUUCCUCCUGCCCCGCAUGUCGCAACAACUUCCGCCAGUUCUGGUGCUCGUUCACAUGCUCCCCCAACCAAGCCUCGUACCUCAACGUCACCUCGACACAGACGUCAUCGACACAAGAGACCGCCGUGAAGUCCGUAGACUUCUUCAUUUCGGAGACGUUUGGGGAGGGGUUCUAUGACAGCUGCAAGGACAUUAAGAUGGGUGCGACCAACGGCUACGCCAUGGACCUCAUCGGAGGUGGCGCGAAGGACUACCACGGCUUCUUGAAGUUCAUGGGCGACGAGAAGGACAUGGGCAGUCCCUUCCAAAUCAACUUCCCCUCCAAUCCUCCUCCGGAAUACUCUACGCUCAACACAACCGCUAGAAAUUGCUUCGACAAUGACUUGGGUAGCAGGUGUACGUGCAUAGACUGCCUAGACGUCUGCGAGACGCUCCCCGAGAUACCGCCUCCGAAUGCCGAGUCAACGUGCCAGGUCGGCCUUGUCUCCUGCUUAACUUUCGUGCUCUUGCUUGCCUACGGUCUCGCUGUUCUGUCGUUUGCUCUUGGUUACGGCCUGCAGGUCACCCUCCGCAAGAGACGAGAGAGGUCAUAUGAACGCGUCGCGCUUGCUACCGACGCCGCUUCGGAACGCAUACCGUCGCCACGGUCCCACGCACGCGGAUUGGUAGGGGCGUCCUCUUUGGCUCAAUACCUCGACGGCGAGGACUCCACCGCCACCCAGUCCGAGACCCGUCGCCUUGGACGGGGCGCCUCCCUCCUUGACCCCAUCGAGACGGUACAACCGCGCCACUACCGCCUUAAUAGCAUCCUCCGUCGCUCCUUCUACAAGCUGGGUCUCUUCGCGGCCACGUACCCGUGGCUCAACUUCGCCCUCGUCUUUGCUAUAUUCGGCCUCCUCAACCUCGGAUGGAAGCGUUUCGAGAUCGAAACGGACCCCGUACGUCUGUGGGUUGCACCUGAUUCGGAGAGCAAACUGCAGAAGGAAUUCUUCGACGAGCACUUUGGGCCUUUCUACCGCGUCGAGCAGGUCUUCGUGACCGCCGCAGUGUCUGAUGAUGCCGCCUCGUCCAGCGAGAAGCCGCCCGUGCUCUCGUGGGAUCAUCUGAAGUUCUGGGCCGACGUAGAGGAGGACAUUCGGAACCUCGAGUCCACUCCUCACGGAUACACGUUGUCCGACGUUUGUCUCAAACCUGCGGGACCGGAUGGCUUCUGUGUUGUUCAAUCAGUCAUGGCAUGGUUCGGAAACGACCUCUCCGACUACGACGCGGACACCUGGAGAGACCGCCUGGAGGACUGCGCCGAGACCCCCGUCAACUGUCUGCCCGACUUCCAGCAGCCGUUGGCACCGCAAAUGGUGCUGGGAUCGGUGCCAGUAGAUGAAGACGGCGCAAAGGAAUACGCAGACGCCAAAGCACUCGUCAUCACGUAUGUCGUUCCCGACUCACUCGACAAGGCCGAGCAGGCAAAGGCGAUGGAAUGGGAGUACGCGCUGCGCAACUACCUCCAGAACCUUGACAGCCGAGCGCCAGUGGAAGCGGGUCUGCAAAUCGCAUGGUCGACCGGUAUAUCUCUGGAGGAGGAAAUCAACAAGAGCACGAACACGGACAUCAAGAUCGUCAUCCUCUCCUACGUCGCCAUGUUCUUCUACGUCGCAUUCACGCUGGGCAACGGCGCUGCGGCACGCGACGAAGAAGGUCUAUGGUCGUGUCUGACUCAAUGGGUGACCAACCUCCCAAAGCUCUUCGGACAGCCUUCCGCAUCCUCGACGCUUUCGCUCGACUCACGCUUGGCCCCGACGUUCCUCCCCCGCCUACCGCGCGCGCUCUUCGUCGGCUCGAAGGUCACGCUUGGCCUAUUUGGCAUCACGCUCGUCAUAGUCUCCGUUUCGUCCUCCGUCGGGCUCUUCUCCGGGGUAGGCGUGAAGGUCACGCUGAUCAUCGCAGAAGUCAUUCCCUUCCUCGUACUCGCAGUCGGCGUGGACAACGUCUUCAUCCUCGUGCACGAGCUCGACCGUCAAAACCUACUGCACGGCCCGAACGCGAGCGGGGGCGCCAGCGGUCCUUCAUGGGCGUACGGCGACUCCUACAGCUACGGACACACCACGCCGAUGAGCCCUACCGCGCAGUCGCGUGCCCGCUCGGGCUUCGACUCGCAGCACGAGACGGAGCAUGACCACGAACGGGAGGUCUCGCUGGACGCUGGAUCUACGCCCCAGUAUCUGACCGCGGAGGAGCGCGUCGCGCGGACGCUCGCGAAGAUGGGGCCGUCGAUCCUGCUGAGCACUGUGACGGAGACGACCGCGUUUGCGCUGGGAGCACUUGUGCCGAUGCCGGCCGUGCGCAACUUCGCGCUGUAUGCGGCAGGAAGUGUGUUCUUGAACGCGGUGCUGCAAGUGACGGUGUUCGUGAGCGCAUUGGUAGUGGACCUACGCCGUGUCGAGGCCAGCCGAGUGGAUUGCGUCCCUUGCCUGCGCAUGCCGCCACGUAUCGCCCUGCUCGAGGCCCCACCGAGUAAUAGCGGGCUUGGCUUCCUUGCACGGUUUAUUCGCAAGCGCUAUGCACCAUUCCUGCUCAAGCCGGUAGUCAAAGGUCUAGUGCUUCUCGGGUUCGGCGGCAUUUUGGUCGCUUCUAUCAUCUCGAUCCAACAUAUCCGCCUCGGAUUCGACCAACGCCUUGCCUUCCCGUCGGACUCCUAUCUGAUCCCGUACUUCGACAGCAUAGACGCCUACCUGGAUAUCGGUCCGCCGGUAUACUUUGUCGUGCACAACGUCGACGUAGCCCACCGCUCCGGGCAGCAGGAACUAUGUGGCCGCUUCACCACUUGCGAAACACGCUCUAUCGCGAACCUCCUCGAGGCUGAGCGCAAGCGUCCAGACGUCUCAUACAUCUCUCAGCCCGCCGCAUCCUGGAUCGACGACUACUUCAACUGGCUCGACCCGAUCAAGGACAGGUGCUGCCGCGUUCGCAAGACGAACCACGAUAUCUUCUGCGACCCCAGCGAGUCCUCCCGCCGCUGCCAGGUCUGCUACGAAGACCACGAGCCCGCGUGGAACAUCACGAUGGACGGCCUGCCCGAGGGCGAGGAGUUCAUGAUGUACCUCCGGCAGUGGCUCAUCUCGCCCACGAACGAAGACUGCCCGCUCGCCGGCAUGGCGUCCUUCGGGAACGCGCUCGCGCUGUCCGCGGACGGCAGCGAGGUCGUCGCGUCGCACUUCCGCACGUUCCACCGGCCGCUCAAGUCGCAGGCGGAUCUCAUCAACGCGUUCGCGGCGGCGCGGCGCGUUGCGGACGACCUCGCGCGCGAGACGGGUGCCACGGUGUUCCCGUAUUCGCUGCACUACGUCUUCUUCGACCAGUUCGCGCACAUCAUCCCGAUCACGGAGCAGAUCCUCGGUCUCGGGCUCGCCGCGGUGCUGCUCGUCACUGCGCUCCUGCUCGGGUCGUGGCGCACGGGCACAAUUGUCACGGGCGUCGUUGCGCUCACGGUGGUGACCGUCAUGGGCGUCAUGGGCGUGUGGGGAAUCGACCUGAACGCGAUCAGCUUGGUGAACCUGGUGAUCUCCCUUGGAAUUGCUGUCGAGUUCUGCGCGCACGUCGCGCGCGCGUUCAUGAGCGCAGGUUCUGGAUUACCGGUGGACCACCCUGCGGGACAGAAGGAGCGCGACGAGCGCAUGUGGAUCGCGUUGGUAGAUGUUGGGCCUUCGGUGCUGUCGGGUAUCACCUUCACCAAGCUAAUUGGAAUGUGUGUCCUCGCCUUGACGCGGUCAAAGUUCCUCGAGAUCUACUACUUCCGCAUGUGGUUGUCUCUCAUCAUCUCUGGGGCGUUGCACGGCCUGGUGCUCCUCCCUGUUGUCCUGAGUCUCGCAGGUGGCUCUGGUUUCCCCCAGCAAGAGGCGGACGAAGAGUGGAUGUCUCACGCCAUUCGCAAUGACUACGAGUAUACCCCCUUCCUCGCUGACGACGACUCUGCCAUGAGCGACUGA